AUGACGACUGUACCCCGAUAUCUUACUGGGAAGAAGGAGGAGAUCAAGGAGUUCUUGGAUAAAUUCGAUGUAUUUCUGUUCGAUUGUGAUGGAGUCCUUUGGUCUGGCGACCACCUCUUCCCUGGGACUGUUGAGACGCUGGAAAUGUUGAGGAGCAACGGUAUGCUCGCACCUGCCGGGGAGAAGGUCCGGGCUAGAGACUCAUAUCAACUAGGCAAGCAGGUGGUUUUCGUCACGAACAACAGCACAAAGUCACGAGCCGACUACAAAAAGAAACUGGAGAAGCUGGGGAUCCCUAGCACAACGGAAGAAAUCUUUUCCUCCUCGUACAGCGCAUCCAUUUAUAUUUCCCGUAUCCUCAAACUGCCAGAAAAUAAGCGAAAGGUCUUCGUCAUCGGCGAGACGGGCAUUGAGCAAGAGCUUCAAACGGAGAACGUCCCAUUCAUUGGAGGCACAGAUCCUGCGUAUCGUCGCGAAGUGAGACCUGAUGACUACAAACUUAUUGCAGCCGGCGACCCAUCGUUACUUGACCCCGAGGUCGGAGUUGUUCUCGUAGGACUGGACUUCCAUCUGAACUACCUGAAGCUGGCUCUAGCAUAUCACUACAUCAAACGUGGUGCGGUUUUCCUUGCGACCAAUAUCGAUUCCACACUUCCGAACUCAGGUGCACUGUUCCCCGGCGCGGGUUCCAUGAGUGCGCCGCUUAUCAUGAUGCUGGGUGAGGAGCCUGUCUCACUAGGCAAGCCUAACCAGGCAAUGAUGGACGCGAUUGAGGGAAAAUUCAAGUUCGAUAGAUCUCGGACGUGCAUGGUGGGAGACCGCGCCAACACUGACAUCCGGUUUGGGUUAGAAGGCAAGCUCGGAGGCACUUUGGGUGUCCUCACUGGAGUCAGCUCAAAGGAUGACUUCCUAACUGGGCCUAUUAGACCUUCGGUGUACCUAGACAAACUUUCCGACCUUUUGGAAGCGAAGUGA